AUGGCCCAGCCCGCCAAGACCGAGGAGCCGGCCACGUUCGUGGACUACCAGGGCAUCACCCGAGUCCGGGGCGCCGAGUACGUGCUGCCCAUCUGCGUCGGCACCGUGGGCUUCUGGCUGGGCAAGAAGGCCUCUGAGGAGAAGUCCCACCGCUGGACGGUGUACGUGCGGGGCCCGCGCGGCAUGGACAUAUCCCACGCCGUGCACAGCGUCACAUUCCGCCUGCACCCGUCCUUCACGGACCCGGAGCGCGUGCUCACCUCCGCCCCCUUCGAGCUGACGGAGAUGGGGUGGGGGGAGUUCGACAUCGUGGUGGUGGUGCGCUUCUCGCUGGACUCGCACGGCGGAGAGAUCGAAAUGACACGACGACUGAAACUGUACUCCGAAGAGAACUCCACUCAGAGCACAAAGAAGCCAGUGAUAAGGGAGCAGUACGAGGAGAUUGUCUUCAGUGAGCCGCCUGUCGACUUCUACAAGCGCGUGACCAGUAUGAAGGUGGGCUCUGCACCUGAGAGCGAAAUCACCCCACACCUGCCACAGUACGACGAGCAGCACGACCUAGAGAAGAUCCGGGCUGCCAGGAUGCGGGUGGCGUCGUCCCUGAAGAAGAAGCUGGAGGGGAAGGCAGCAGGGCGGUGA